AUGGCUGAUUCAGGAACGGCCGAUAGUCGUGGUGAAGGGAAAAUUAAAAAUAUUGAACAAAUUUAUUUAUUUUCGCUUCCAAUUAAGGAAUUUCAGAUAGUAGACCGCUUCUUUGGUUCCUCUUUAAAAGAUGAGGUCAUGAAGAUAAUGCCUGUUCAAAAGCAGACCCGUGCUGGUCAACGAACUCGAUUCAAGGCUUUUGUUGUUAUUGGUGAUUCCAAUGGACAUGUUGGUCUUGGUGUAAAGUGCUCAAAAGAAGUCGCCACCGCUAUCCGUGGUGCUAUCAUUCUUGCUAAGCUUUCUGUCAUCCCAGUUCGACGUGGAUACUGGGGUUCUUUAAUUGGUGAUCCGCACACAGUUCCUUCCAAGGUUACUGGUAGAUGUGGCUCCGUUAUAUGCCGUCUUGUUCCCGCACCUCGUGGUACUGGUAUUGUGGCUGCACCUACUCCUAAGAAGCUUUUGCAAUUGGCAGGUAUUACGGAUUGUUAUACCACAUCACGCGGAUCUACUCGUACAUUAGGUAAUUUUGUUAAGGCUACUUUCGCCGCCAUUGGUAAUACCUACGCCUUCCUGACUCCCGAUCGGUGGAAAGAUGUUGAGUUUAAACAGUCACCAUAUCAAGAAUUCAGUGACAUUUUGGCU